UCUCUCUCCCUCUCCGGGAAAAAGCUGAGGCUAUCAUUACAUGUUUUAUUGAGCAAGAGAGAUCAGUUUCUCUCGACCUCAUUUUCCCCCAUAUAUGUUUCAUCUCCCCUUUUCAACAAGGGAAGACAGAUAAAAAAAAGCACAAAUGCAAAGAGCAACAAAGAGGUAAGAAAAGAAGAGAGAGAAAGAAAGAGACGACACAGAUAAACAGUGAGAAAGAGAGAGAACAGAAAAGAAAGGAGGGAGGGAGUUGAAGAAGCUUACAGUACUACACAGAAAGAGAAAACGAUGUCUAUGAGCUUUACAUGCUCUGCACCUAAGUGAACAAAGGUGAAGGGGAAGAAGAGUUUGAGGGUUGGUAGAAGGAGAGAAAAUAAGCAAAGGAAAUAUAUAUAUAUAUAGGAUCAUGAAGAAGAUAUCGAUAUGGGGAUAGCUACAUCACCGGUCGUCCCAUCAAUUAUUUCUCAGCACUCCAAGAGUAAUCAUUCUGCAAAUUCUAUGUCCCAAGAUUACCGCCAAGCAUCUGGAAUCUUCAGCUUCUCGAAUGGUUUCGAGAGAUCAGCCAUGAGCCACCAACAGCAACACUUAGCCCAGCAGAUCCGGAGAGAUAAACUAAGAGUCCAAGGCUUUGAGGCGUCAACUAUACCAUUAGUAGGGCUCGAAGUGGAAGCAUUGAAUUCUCUUCCUGUUUAUGAAGCCGAAGGUGUGUUAUCUGACUUGUUCAACUUUCCUUCCGGUGUGACGGCCUCGGCCGAGUUAUUAGACCAACAUAUGCUGCCUAAUUAUCGAGAAAACAGGCCUCCGGGUAAUACCAACGAGUGGUUUAGCAAUAGGCAAGGUGGUGUUGGGGGUUUGGGCCUGGUAGGUGAAUCAAAGAGUCAUGAUAACCGUGACACUUUAGCAACUCAACAGCUACAUCAGCCGUUUAAUGCCGACUCCGCAGCUGCCAUGAAUCUUUUCAUGAUGAAUCCGAAGCCAAGAUCGCCAUCCCCUCCAUCAACUUCUAAUACUUUCCAUAUGUUGCUUCCGAAUUCAUCUGCUUCUCUUCAAGCGUUUACUGUAUCAGGUCCAGGAGGGGAGCCUUUCGAUAUAAGUACUGUUUGGGUUCCUAAUGCUGCUCAUGAAGGAGAUAACACUGGUUCCCAACUCAACAACUCGAGUCAAAUCGGAGGUGGCCUUUCACUUUCCUUAUCAUCUUCUUUGCAACGCUUGGAGGCUGCCAAAGCUGAAGAAUUGAGGACGAGAAAUAGUGGCUCACUGUUCUAUAGUCAAGAAGCGGGAUCUUCUGCUGCUGCUCAAUUUCAUUACAAGAAUUUGGCCAGUCAUCAUCAUCAGUCACUGCAUUUGCAAGGUGGAGCGGGGAAAAACCAGCAAGUUCAUGCCGGGUUCGGACCCUCGUUAAUGGUCAAUGCGUUGAGAAAUUCAAAGUACGCCAAAGCUUCUCAAGAGUUACUGGAAGAAUUCUGUAGUGUUGGGAGAGGCCAGUUCAAGAAGAACAAGUUUGGUAAAAACAACACAAACCCUAAUUCUAAUCCAGGAGGUGAAGGCGGUUCUUCUUCAUCAACAAAAGAUCCCCUCCCUGUAUCAGCAGCUGAUAGGAAUGAACAUCAAAGGAGGAAGGUCAAACUUUUAACCAUGCUUGAUGAGGUGGACCGGAGAUACAACCAUUACUGUGAACAAAUGCAGACCGUGGUGAACUCGUUUGAUCUGGCGAUGGGUUUCGAUGCAGCAGUGCCUUAUACUGCACUCGCUAAGAAGGCAAUGUCUAGGCAUUUUAAGUGUUUGAAAGAUGAGAUAUUAGCACAGCUGCAGCAAAGCUGUGAGGUACUGGGCGAGAAAGAUGCUGCUGCAAACUCCGGCAUAACAAAAGGAGAGACACCGAGAUUGAAGAUGUUGGAGCAAAGCUUAAGACACCAAAGAACAUACCCUUUCCAGCAAAUGGGGAUGAUGGAACAAGAAGCUUGGAGACCUCAAAGGGGCUUGCCUGAACGUUCUGUCUACAUUUUGAGAGCUUGGCUUUUCGAGCAUUUUCUUCACCCAUACCCAAGCGAUGCUGAUAAGCUUCUGCUGGCUCGACAGACUGGUUUAUCGAAAAAUCAGGUUUCAAAUUGGUUCAUAAAUGCCAGGGUUAGGUUGUGGAAACCCAUGGUGGAAGAUAUGUACCAACAAGAGAUUAAAGAAGAGGAUGAAGAUGAUAAUGAGAGCAACAACAGCGACAAUGCACAGAAAUCGACGCCUUCAACAACAGCAGGCUUAGCAGCAGCAUCAACGCCGUCAGCACCAGAAGCAGCAGGAGGCAAAAGAUCCGAAAUCAAUGUCCUGGAAAACGACCCUUCACUCCUUGAAAUCAAUAGGCGACGCUCCUCGGUAAUCCAAGCAAAACAGUGCAUCCACCACAACAACAAUAUUAUUACUGCUACUGGUCCUCCUCCUCCCACCGCCUUCAAGGCCACAACCACUGACGUGGCGCCACCCAUUCCCCAUGGUGGCAGCACCGGUUACGGGACCACCACCACCACCCAUGGUAAUAACACUGACAUCGGUUCGACACUCAUAAGGUUGGGGACCACGACUGGAGAUGUCUCACUCACCUUAGGGCUCCGACAUGCUGGAAACAUGCCCGAGAAGAGUUCUUUCUCAGUUAGAGACUUUGAGGGCUGUUAAUUAACUUCAAAUACAUAUUCCAUAGUAAUAGCUAUAUUAUAAUUAUUCUCUUAAAAUACAAAACAACAAUCAAAUGUUCAUUUUUAUUUUUCUCACCCCAUCUUUUUCUUCAAUUCCAUUAAGAAACAAAGAAUGCAUGACGAUAAACGUAGCAUCAAAGUUUGUUAGUUGUGUUCGACCUUAUUAUGAGUGUAUAGCCGCAGCUUUUUUCACUUC